AUGUCGCAAAAGAAUGUUAGGCGAAUAAAGAUUCUUGUAAGUAAUGUUCCUGUUUAUAUGUCUUGCCUGAAACUUGUAAAUCAUUCUUCCCUAUAUAGUGAAAUUGAAGAAGGGCAGCUAGGGUUCGAUAGCAAGUCUCGAAAAUUGAAAGCCUAUGUGAAUAAGCUUAUCAACAUGUAUGUCAAGUGCGUUAGCUUGGUGAAUGCCCGCAGAGUGUUUGACGACAUCACUGAACGAGAUGUCAUUUCAUGGAAUAUCAUAGUUGCAGGUAACAUAAGAUUUGGGUAUCCUUACGAGGCAUUGAUAUUGUAUCAUCAAAUGCAACGAGCGAAUGUCCAACCCAAUCAUUUUACCUUUUCCAGCAUAUUCCCAGUCUGUGCCAGACUAAGAGCUUCGGAAGAGGGAAUGGAGAUCUACCAGAGCAUAAUGGAAAGGGGAAUUUUAUCAAAUGUAGUUAAAAAUGCCCUGGCUGAUAUGUAUGCAAAAUGUGUAAGAAUUCACGAAGCACGUGAACUGUUUGUCAAAACGCCUCAAAAGAAUGUAGUCUUACGGACUGCAAUGAUUGUAGGUUAUGCACAAAAUGGUGAUCUUGGGGAGGCAUUAAGGCUUUUCAAAGAAAUGCCACAAAGAGAUACGGUCUCAUGGAAUGCGAUGAUUGCAGGAUACGAGGCAAAUUGGGAGUGGCACCAGACUCCACAUCCUUUGGCAACAUUCUCCCAGCCUAUGGCAGAACGGGAGGAUAUACACAAAAUGCGUUUGUUGAGAAAGGCGUUGAAAACUUAUAAGCAAAUGCAAUUGGCAGGCGUAAAUCCAGUUUCCACAACCUUUAUGAGCAUUCUGCCAGCUUGUGCCAAACUGUUCUCCCGCCUGUUCCCCUGCUCGCCCCCUGUCAAUGAUCCCCCCGCUAGCACGGUUAGGGCCACUGCCAAUGGUCCUUCAUGGGCAUUGGUGGUCGUUGGGGGUCCUUGCCCUGACUCUAAUCAAAAAUCUGGUAGGGUUCCUUCUUCACACAGAAGGGUUGGGAGAGGGUUCAUCCCUGUCUCCUGUGUCGUUUAUGUUAAUGUGAAUAAGGAGUCUGAACAGGAAAUAGAGAACAGUGUGAAGGUCUUCACGGAGCACAGUGCCAUCUGUAGAUUUAAGGGUAUCUGGCCUAGCCUCUCGGAGUUGCAUAAAUAG